AUGGCUUCAGCAUCAAAUGAUGAUCAUGUUCGAUCAGGUUUUCUUGGUAAAACUGGUACAGAUGAUGUUCCACUUGAUAAAACAUAUUAUGAUAUUCUUAAUGUAAAACCAAAUGCAAGUGCAGCGGAAAUCAAACGAGCUUAUUACACAUAUUCACUUCAAUAUCAUCCUGAUAGAACACAAGGUCUGGAUGAAUUUACACGACGAGAAUAUGCAGAACGAUUUAAACAAAUAUCUCACGCAUAUUCUAUUCUCAGUGACCCAGAAAAAAGAACACUCUAUAAUAGAUACGGCAAAGAUGAGCAUAUUAUGUCACAGGGUCCCAACGGAGUAUCGCUGGAAGAUUUUGAUGCUGAAGAAUUCUUUCGUUUUAUGUUUGGCGGCGAAGAAUUCGUUGAUAUUAUUGGUGAUUUCGAACUUGCAAAAUCAUUUAAAUAUGCUCUUAGUGAAUUAUUAAGCGAGAAUGAGCAAACAACUGAUAGACAAAAUCAACGUUCAUCUCAUGCAGCAGAACGAGCACAAGCACAUGAAGAACGUAUUAAAACAUUAUCAGAGAAUUUACUUUCGAAAUUAUCGAUUUUCACCGAUACAUUGUCGUCUGAUAGUAGUGCACUUGAAUCUACGCAAGCAUUAGAUAAAUUUAUUAAGAAGAUUGAUGCUGAUAUUCCAAAUCAAUUACAGGCACCCUACGGUGAACAUUUACUACAUGCAAUUGGUUAUGUUUAUUCAUCAAAAGCACGUUUUUGGUUAACUAAAAUGGACUCACAAGAAGGUCAUCUAGGUAAACGUCUAUUAGGUUUUGGUAAAAAUUUUCAAUCAACAUGGAAAGAUCGUAUACAUAUUGUGAAAGAAACUGUUAAAACAGUUAAAUGUGCUGUACAAUGGCAACAAUCAGUGUCACGAUUGACUAGUGCUGUCGAUGACGAAUCCGAGAAUUCUCAACUUCCAUUUCAACAUCAUUCAGGUCAUUUAGAAUACAGUGGACCAACUCCAUCGGAACCAACAGCUUUAGCGACGAAUAAACCAGUUUCAUCGGUGAAACAAAAACAAAAGUCAUCAACGCAACCCAUUGUACCGCUAACCGAUGAAGAAAAACGUAAACUUGAAAUGGAUACAACGGCGAAAUCCAUGGAAGCACUUUGGCGUGCAACAAAACUUGAAAUUGAAUGUAUUCAACGAAAUGUUUGUGAUCAAGUACUCAGCGAUCCUGCGUGUUCCCGUCAGAUUCGACGAUAUCGAUGCAAAGCUCUUUCAAAAAUGGGUGAUAUAUGGCAGCAAGCAACGCUAUCAAAUUGA